AUGUUUCAGAAUAUUGAAAGUGAUUCUAUCAGAGAAAGCUCUAACAUAAAGUGGAGAAACUGUCACUAUAAACGAUGUCAUUUUAAUGGUGGUCGCGAGUUCAACAUUCCUGUUCAUGUUCAAGAAGCUUUAGUAUUUGUUAUUAUUUUCUUUGUACUUGUGUCACUGGGUUAUUCAAAGAAUCACUUAAAUGAUCUAACAGUAUCCAGUAUCAGAUCCGCUACAGUCUAUAUGAGCGACUGCCAAUGUCGACGACAAGAUCUAACUCUUGCUAUAAAUACAACUGAAUAUACACAUACACAAACAUAUCAACCAGCUGGUAAGACCACAAUCACGGAUUGGGCCAGACUAGGAGAGACAUUUGCUGAUGUACCGUACGGUUCUAGCACAACAGCGGUGAACGUCCCGCUGUUUUUCGUGUUAAAAGUACCGCAAUGGAAUUUCUUACAUGAUCGCAUCAGAAAUUCACUUCAUUAUACGUCCGAUUGUUCACCAGAAGGACUGGCAUCCAUAGGGGAGGAUUUUAUCAUCCUAGCAUAG